AUGCUGCUCGCGGCGUUGAUGACGUCUCUCGCCGGUUGCGCUUUGCUGCUGUCGGUGGGCAGCGAGGGCUGCGGGCCGGGUCGAGGUUACGGUCGGAGGCGGGCUACGCGGAAGCUCGCCCCGCUCGCUUACAAGCAGUUCAGCCCGAACGUUGCUGAGAAGACCGCGGGUGCGAGCGGCAGGUACGAGGGGAAGAUCACCCGGAGCUCCGAGCGCUUCAAGGAGCUGACCGCGAACUACAACCCGGACAUCGUCUUCAAAGACGAGGAGAACACCGGAGCUGACCGCAUGAUGACCCAGCGCUGCAGGGACAAGCUAGAUUCCCUCGCCGUCUCAGUGAUGAAUGUCUGGCCUGGAGUCCGGCUGCGGGUCACUGAAGGCUGGGAUGAGGACGGACAUCACUCAGAGGACUCCCUGCACUAUGAGGGCCGUGCUGUUGACAUCACAACAUCGGACCGAGACCGUCAUAAGUACGCUGUGCUUGCUCGCCUGGCCCUAGAGGCUGGUUUUGACUGGGUCUACUAUGAGUCCAAGGCCCAUGUCCACUGCAGUGUUAAGUCAGAUCGAGCCACAAGGUUGUAG